CGCAACAAAGCGAACAAAAUGGUUGCGCUGCAGGUCCCGGCGAAUAAAAAAUGUGCGGCCGUCGGAUAAAGGCCGAACGCGACCAACACGUCUCUAAACCAGAUGUGGUCCGGUUCUCCUCGAACUGCGAGUAAACCGGUUCGACUGUGAACCGAAUCCGAGGCGGACCGACGUGUCCUCGCGGGGAUGGAACCGGCGGGCGACCGAACCGGGGAUGUAAAUAAAGGCGAGGAACCGGCGGAGGACAAGGCCGCAGACCAGACCUCGGUCUCCAGUACGAGCGUGACCCCGCGGAUGGGGCUCCGGGAGCGGGGAGCGGCCCGCCCGAGGUCCGGGGGCGUCCACGGAGCCUCGGCGAGCCCACAGAGCUCGGGCCGGGUGCUGAGGGACCGGGCGACCAGGUCGGUACCCGCCUGGCUGAAGGACGUCAAGAGCGACGACGAGGAAGAACCGAGCCCGGAAACCGGGACGAGCAAGCGGCGGAAAGUUUCCAACUCCAGGCGGAAGAAAAACUCGGAGCCUGCGUGCUCGGCCGGAGGGGGAGUCGCAGGUGACAGCCUUCAAGCCACAGACAUGGAGGAUCCCAAGAAACCUGCUGCAGAUGCUCAAGCUCUUCCCUCCAGACGCCCCCCGGCCCAGACUCGUGCCAAGCCCCAGUCUGCCAGAGCCAGCCGCAGCGCUGCCAAGCCUGUGUGUAAGACCGAACCUGGAGUGGAGAAUCCAGCUGGUGAGCAACCUGUUGACAAUGAGCUGCUUUGGUUCAGCGGGCAUGCCUGUAAACGCUUCAGAUUACACAGAGACUCUGUGUCAACACGCUGAAAACUGUUCCUGAGGUUGGGUUUUUAUGAAGACAUUUGGUUCAGGUAUCUGCAAGUAUGGACUCCUCAUGGUCAUCUGCAAUUAGUCUGACUAAUGGGAUCAGAUAACCUUUUCUCCUCCACUUUGUUACUUCAGAUAAUCCACAUACUCAAUGUGAUAGACUGCAUAAAAACAUUGUUAUAUUUAUAUUCAUAUAUGUGUGAUUUAUAAAAGGAAGCUUUAGCUACCUUCCUGCUUGAUAUCUUCUCUGUUUGUCAUGCAGCAGUUGAAGGAAAGGCAAAUGAUAAAGA